AUGGAGCAGUCUGCAGAGUUACAUCCGAGGGAUUUGUCAAGGAGGACCAGUGAAGCAUUUUCUUCGUCAAAGCAGGGCAGCGAAGAGGUUAGCGAAGAGGUCAACGAAGAGGUCAGCGAAGAGGUCAGCGAAGAGGUUAGCUUCGAGGAGCUAAAAAAAAAAGUCAAGGAUUUGGAGCUGCAGCUCGAGUACGAAAUAAAUCGACACGAGGCUGAGGUGCAGGAGAAAGAGGAAAACAUAAAAUCACUGGAAGAAAAAAUAAACGAGUUAGAGAAUUCGAGAAAAGAAGCCGAGGAAAAGGAUGAAGCGGUCCUAAACAUGAGCGAACAGCUCCUUAUUUUAUCGAACAAGUAUGAUGUCUUGGUGAAGGAGUCGAAGCUACAGGAAGAGGAACUGAAACAUUUAAAAAAUAAAAAAAAAUACAGAAACGAUAAAACGAAUGAGUUUAUAAUUACACUAAAAAAACAAAAUGAAGAUUUUAAAAAGGACAAUGAAACUCUAACGAACAAAUAUUCCGAUUUGCUUACGGAAAAUAGUGGCCUUAAAUGCUCCUACAAAAUGCUACAAGAACAACUGCAGGAGAGUCAAAAGAAUUUGGAAUUGUUAAAGAUGCAUAAUACAAAGGAGUUUGACGAGAAAAGCGCCCUUCAAAUUUUAAAUCUCGGAACGGGCCUACUGAACAAGAGCAUCUUCAACAAAGAUGGAAAAGAAGCCAAUCCACUCAAACUAGAAAUAGAAUACAAAGAUAUGAUAAUAAAAAAAUUGCUUCGGAAGAGGAUGACGCAGGAGAUGAUGAAGGGAAUGGACCAAAGCAACAAUGGGAGCUGUAAUGGGAAGGAAAGUACAGUGGGAAAGGAUUCCGACAAAAAGGGGAAGGAGUGUGCAAAUGAGGGGGAUUCCCCAAACAAUAAUACCUUUAAUCACAAUGGGGAGCAACUAAUUACAUUCGAGAAAAAACUGGAGGAACUAUACCAAAAGUGUUUGGAAUCACAGAGCGACAAUGACCAAUUGAAGAACAAAAUUAAAAAGUUGACUGAUCAUAUAGAUGAGCUGAAAAAGGAAAACGCGGAUUUGAUAGGAAUAAUCGAUACUCUUAGAGAGUACAUCAACAAAGCCUACCGCGAGGAUGUGAAUGUUCACCAAUUUGACGAUUUGAUAAACAACCUCCUUAAGGAGAACUCAACCCUGAAUGACGAACUGUCCAAGCAGAAAAGGAAGAACAUGGUGGACACCUACUUCUUCAAUAAAGAACUGCAACUGAUACAAAGCGACAAAUUUAAAAUUAUAGAAAAAUUUGAUGAGGCCAAUGUGAAUAAUUUCCCCCACAUAUACCAACCGCUACACGUCACUCUUAAUGAAUCUCCACAUGAAUACCAUCAAAAAUUCCCUGAAAAACGGGAAGCAGGAAAAUAUCACGGGGAUAUUGCUAAUCCUAACAAGGAGAAAGAUGAGAGAAAAAAUGGAAAAAACUCUCACCUGGUAAAGUCCAACAAUCCGGUAAUCACAGAUGAGUUGGUUCACACAUACAUGAAGGAUUAUAUGAUGAAUGUUCAGAAAAGGACAUGA